UCGCCUGACUCGGUCCCGUUUUCUCCCAUGAGUUCUUCCGCCCUUUUCUGGGAGGUCUCUGAGGUGUUUGGGUGAAAUGGUAAAGAUCCCAGACUUUGGAUCUGCAGUCCUGGUUUCUAGUCCUCUCUUUAGUCACAAAUGUAUGACGUUGGGCAAGUUCUGUAAACCGCCAUUUCAUCGUCCAUGAACUCGGGCAAUAGGAGCUCAUGGGAUUGCUGAAGGUUAAUUUGGAUGAUGCCUAUAAAGUUCAUAGCACGGUGUCUGUCACAUAUUUAACCCUCAGUAGAUGUUUGUUAAUAUUGCUGUGUUAUUACUUACUAUCCUUUACCGAGCCUAGGUUCUGCCAGGGACUUUGCCCAAAGCAAAACUGUCUUAACAUUCGAAUGCAGGUGGUGGACCAUCAUCAGUGCACCAGAGAGGUUCUUAGUGGUCACAUUAGUACACAAAUCCCAUCAGGAGCUGUCAGGGCAAGAGCUGAAGUUUGGUUCAGCUCAUAGAGCAACAAGUCUUAUGAUUAACCAGGGAGGCCACGUGGUGGGUGGCUUCAGUCUGCAAGUCAAUAAGAAAACUCUCCACGGGCUUUGAACCUUGAGCCCAGUGAUAAGAAAAAAAGCUUGGAUGGAGGAGCCUUCACUUUGGGAGAAAUCUGUGAUCGGGUGGAGCAGCCUGUUUUUCAAACUGCCUUUGAGAGCCUUAUAUAUAAUCUAAUUGAGGACAUGGCGUGGAAAUUCAGCUAUGGAAAAAUCCUCUCACACUAACAAGAAACUUCAAAUAAUCUUUAUCAUAUCGAGCAAUACGGCCAGUGAGCAAAUCCGUAAAUAUAAUCAAGCUACUUAUUUUAUUGUUUAAUCAUCCUCAUUCCCAAACUUCUUAGCUCUUCGCGUGAUUUUCAUUCCUGCUUGUGAAUAAUUGCUGGCAAGUCCACUUAGAUUCCAACAAUAUCAUCACUGCAAUACAGCAAUGGAGAUCAGAAGGUAGAAUAGCUGUAUGGCUGCACAUUCCCAUCCUCCAGAGCCGAUUUAUUGUCCCCGCUGCUUCCCUGGGCUUCUGCUUUCACCAUGCAGAAUCGGAUUCUUCAACGCUGACUCUGUGGCUGGAAGAAGGGCCCAGCAGAUUACCAGGAUAUGCUACACAUCAAGUAGGAGUUGCAGGAGCUGUGUUUGAUGAAAAUACUAGAAAAAUAUUGGUUGUACAAGAUCGAAAUAAAUUGAAAAAUAUGUGGAAGUUUCCAGGAGGCCUGUCAGAGCCUGGAGAAGAUAUUGGAGACACAGCAGUUCGAGAAGUUUUUGAAGAGACUGGUAUAAAAUCAGAAUUCAGGUCCCUCCUGAGUAUUCGACAACAGCACACAAAUCCCGGAGCUUUUGGGAAGUCAGAUAUGUAUAUCAUCUGCCGCCUAAAGCCACAUUCAUUCACCAUAAAUUUUUGCCAGCAUGAAUGCUUAAGAUGUGAGUGGAUGGAUCUCAAUGACCUGGUCAAGGCUGAAAAUACUACUCCCAUCACCAGCAGAGUUGCUAGACUGUUGCUAUAUGGGUACAGAGAAGGGUUUGACAAGAUUGAUCUGACCAUGGAAGAACUUCCAGCAGUUUACACAGGCCUGUUCUAUAAGCUGUAUCACAAGGAACUGCCAGAGAAUUACAAAACUAUGCCAGGAAUGGAUUAAAUUCACAUUUACAUGUUUAACAAAAUUUGUAAGUAAAUUGUACAGGUAGAUUAACUUAUGCCAUAUUAUAAGAUGUAGUGAACAUUUGAGAUUGAUUAAAUAUCUGACUCUAAUUUUCUAAUGUAUAUGAUUUCCAUGAAUAAAAUUUGUUUGUAAAUGUGCACAUUUUAAAAGCCUCUUUUCAAAUAAAGCAAAUG